CUACGCAGUACCGCAAGUGACUUAGUAGAGGACGCAUCGCACGCCGCUCACUAUAAAUCCUCCUCAAAAUGGAAGAAAUCGACGUUGAUCUAUUGAUAUCGGAAGUCCAAAGUCGCCCGGCUCUAUGGAAUGACCAAGACAUCGAUUAUUAUAAUGUGGAGGAGAAAAAAUGGCUCUGGGAGGAGGUAUUAGACGAUAUGACCGAUCCGUACUUAUCGCUUGCACAAAGAUCAGUUCGAGGGGAAUUAAUAAAAAAUAGGUGGACAGUGCUUCGAGAUAAUUUUGUUAGAGAACGACAGAAAGAAAUUGAAAAUAACGAGAAAGGAAUAACGUAUUACAAAACAACACAGUGCGAGUACUACAAUCGACUGAUGUUUCUAGCACCGAUAGUGGAAAACAAAGAUAAUAAUACUAAAGAUAAUAAUAAUACAAAACAAACAAAUCAGCAGAGUGAAAGUAAAAAAAGGUCAAAUAGAUUACAUAUCGAUAGUAUGAAAGUGCCUCCAGCAAAAAAGUCGAAAGACGAUAAUUCAGUACAAAAAAUGGUAAAUGUUUUAAAAUGUGCAGCUGAACAAUUACAUGAGGAAGACGACGCUGACCGGCAGUUCUUGUUGUGUCUGGUAGAUGAUUUAAAAAAGGUGCCUCGAAGAUCAAAGUCGAGAGUAAAGAUGAAUAUUCUGAGAUACAUCACCGAAGCUCAGGAGCGGGACCAAACCGCAGAGGACAGGACGAAGCAAAUAGCUGAUGAAAAUUAUACCGUAAUCACAUUUACAUAAUCUGUUAUCUGUUAGGUAACAUUGUUGAUCAAAAUAGUAGCGCCUCUAAGUAACAAAAAAAAUAUAAACACUGACCAAGAAGAAUACUGAAUAACCUUUCGCAUGUUAAAAUGUUAGUAAAUUUUGUUCAUAAAUAAAACACUUUUUUUGUCAUGUUUGUUGGUCGUUUAUUUGAGUUGUGAUCUUUAAUUACGAAAAAAAAUAUAUUGGUUAUAAUCAU